AAUGCGUCUCUUGUUGCCAUUGGUGGUGAUGGUAAUGGUGAGCGUGGCCAGGGCGGCACUUGGUCGAUGCUGGGAAAGGCCCAGCUGUCAGGAACUCAACUCUGAGAACAACACAAUGGACUGUUUUCAGCUCUGUGGAAUCGACCCUCAUGAGUUGACCACCAUCCUUGCCAGUGUUUACCCGCAGCCUUCUCUAUCAGUCUCUCUUUCUCCUUCACCCAGUCCUCCCUCCUCCUCUCAAACCAAAGCCUCCUACUCCAUGAAGCACUUUCGUUGGGGGAAUCCUCUCAGGAGAAAACGCCGCCCACUAAAAAUCUACACAGGCAAAAGUGUGGAUGGGAUCACUGUUUUCCCUGGAGAGCUGGGGAGGUUGGAGCUUUCCAGGGAACAAGCAGCAGCCGAGGAUGAGGAGCUCUCCAAGGAGCGUCAUGAUAAUAAAGACAUCCUCUACAAGAUGAAGCAUUUCCGUUGGAGCAGCCCUGCGGCAGACAAACGCUACGGGGGCUUCAUGAAGAGCUGGAAGGAGCACAGCAAGAGGCCGCUGAUCACACUCUUUAGAAAUGUCAUCAAAGGAGAGUAGAAAAGAGCAAAGUAGAGCGAAAUGAGAAAAGGAAGAUGAUCAGGAGGAAUAAAUGAUUGGAACAUAGAAUGUUCAUAUUUUUGUCCUACAGCUCAAUAUGUAACAGAAAUGUUUUCAUAAAGUACAUUUAGUUUGCAGUAUGUCGCUUCUAAGAAAUUGCUCUUUAAAGCUAAAAAAAAGUGGUGAUUCUUGAUGCCAAAACCUUUUUCAUUUUUUCCAGACUUAUAGUAAUAAAGGAAUAUAUCAAUUAUCUAACUAAAAGUCACCAAGUUACUGAAGUAGCUUACUUUUCAUUUAUUUUGUGGUUUGGUUGAACAGAAAGCUUAUAAACAGAUGGCAUCACCUCUAGUAAAGAUACAGAAAUUAUUUUGUCUUAUAUUUCAGGACAUCUUUGCAAUUUUGUAAAACUUGAAAACAUGAUUGAUAUGGCUUAAAUGUUUACAACAACCGCUUGUCGUCCCUAAUAUGGCCAAAGGAUGGCAGUAUUGAGAUUUACCUUGCAGCUUUAUGUUUCCUUCAUAGACUGCAUGUAAAAGUUAGGGAUGGAAACAAGAGCUGCACAAGUUAGUACUCAUAUUCUUACUGAAAUAAAAGCGCACACCUGUCUUAAAAUUACUUUGGUGAAAGGAAAAGUGCUCACUAAACUCUUUUGCUUAAGUAAAGAUAAAAAUUAGGUUCUACGUUGUACUUGAGCACAUAGAAAAUUUAUAUUUUUGCCUUAAAGCAUGCAAAGAACUUCUUAAGUUCCUAUUUUUUUAAACUGAAGUUUUAUGCACAGAAAAUAGAUUAGUUUUACUCCACAGCUCACGGUGUUGGAUGAGAGAACA